GCACUGAAUGUGUCAAAACGGCGCUCAGUUGCUCAACUAAAAUCGAGUCCGACGGUCGCAUACACUUGGGCUUGGCAUUCGCUGCGGACACAGAAGCCUUCAUUCCCGCACUCCGUCGAAGGUCGAUCGAUUUGAGCACCCAAAGCUCAAAUUACUAGUCACAAGAUGACGAAGUUGGCCACUGCCGCCAGCCUGCUGCUCCUCAUCCUGUCCUGCGGAUGGGCGGAGCUCGAGGAGAAGCACCAGUCGAACAAGCUGCACAUCACCCUCCUUUACGAGUCCUUGUGCCCGGACAGCAGGAACUUCAUGCAUCAGCUAGGACCCGUUUACGAGGAGUUUGAGGACUACAUCGAUAUCCUUUUAGUGCCCUUUGGCAAAUCCCAGUCGGAGCGCAAUGGUGCCAUCUUCCACUGCCAGCACGGACCGGCUGAGUGCAAGGGCAAUCGCCUCCAGAGUUGCGUCAUCAACAGCACCGGAAACCAGGCGGCACAGGUGAAAUUCGUGGUGUGCCAGAUGCUGGCUCCGGAUUACUCCCGCAUUGAUCAGUGUGCCAAUGAGGCGGGCCUGCUCACCGAUGUGGUCCACUGCCUGUCCAGCGAGACGGGCACCAAAUUGCAGCUGCAAGCGGAGCUGGUGACCAAACAGUAUAGUCCGAGCUUCAUUCCCACCAUCGUCUACAAUGGCGUCUUCGAUCAGCAGCUGCAGGACCAUUCGCUGCACGAUUUCCGCGGCACGGUUUGCUAUAUGUUACGUCAACAAAACUUGCUGCCCAGCGGCAGCACAAUCUGCCAGUAGAUCUGCUAAAUGUUCAAUGUAACUGCCUCAAGUUUGGAAUGAAAUUAAAAUUCAUAAACUGGUUUUUUAACCGCACAAGAAUGCCUCUCCUCUGGGGG